AUGAACACGGGGAACGAUAACUGGCACCCGGCGGGUGGGCCACCGCCGCACCCCAACCUUGAUCAAAUGGGCCAGGGGCCUCGGUCGCUGGGCUCAUUUGGCCAAAACCCACCGCAGCAAGGCCAAGCUAACCAGGCCUCCGGCCCUGUCCUCCCUCCUCCCUCAGCACACUUUGAAACAUCAUUCAGAGAAUGCUUUCGUCUGUUUGGAAGAAUGCUUUACCAUGGGAUGUAUAGACUAACGUUCGCGCUCGGCAAUUUAGGACCGUACCCCGGUGGUCACUCCCUCCCGGGUCUGGCAGAGCUGAGCCAAACACAUGGCGCUCCCCAUCAGCCUCAAGCCUACGGCCAGCAUGGACCCGCAGGUCAUUCCCUUCCCGGCAUUGGCCAGGCGAUGCAACAUGCAUCCCCCCAGUCUUUGAACCGCGAGCGAGAGCGGGACUCUCGAGAGCGCGAUAUCAUUGAACGCCAGCGCCACGAAGAAAUGGCCCAUCGAGAGCGCGAGCAGCGUGAACGGGAACAAAUUGAACGCCAGCAGCGCGAACACCAUCCAGUCCAAAGUCACCCGGGAUCGAUCCCUCUCCACCAGCCUGUCGCGUCGAAAGUUCAGAAUUCGAUCCACGGCCCCAACGGUCUUUUGUCUAAUCUUGGCUCGAAUGCUCCCAACGCUCCUCAAGGAACUGUGCAGUCUUCCGGUGGACCCGCAAGCCUUUUUGGCCCACAAAUGCAGCAUGGAGAAGGAACUCCUCGCUCAUACAUCCAGCACCCCGGUGCACCCCCAAUGAUGGGUGGUUACAGCGGCCCCGGACAGCAGAUUCCAGGCAAUGUUGCGGCUCUUGCCCAAGGACAACAGCCAAUUUUAAAUGCAAGUCACCCAGCGGGCUCCCAAGGACUCAAUCCCGUUGACGAGAACCCUUAUCUAACAUAUAAUUUCGAGGUGCAGGACGCCCUCAGUUAUCUUGACCAGGUCAAGGUUCGAUUCGUUGAUCAACCCGAUGUGUACAACCGCUUCUUGGACAUCAUGAAAGAUUUCAAGAGUCAGGCAAUUGAUACACCCGGCGUAAUUCAACGAGUUUCUACCCUUUUCAAUGGUCAUCCAGCUCUGAUACAAGGGUUCAACACUUUCCUUCCCCCUGGAUAUCGUAUUGAAUGUGGUACUGAAGAUAACCCUGAUGCGAUUCGCGUGACUACUCCCUCUGGAACGAAUACCCUGAGUAUGCCCCGCGCAGGACGCCCACUGGAACCUACCAACGAUCUUGGACCUUCUGGGCUUGGACCUCAUGGUCGUCAGGAUUACUACGAUCAAUCCCGACCUGGCUGGCAGCAGACCCAGCAACAGCAGCCGCAACAGCAAGGCCUACCCGGAUCAUAUUCUCCUGGUUCCCGAAUGAUGGCCCCCGCUAUGUAUCAGCCAGAAAGCCAAGCUUCUGCACCGGAUAGUCACUAUGGUUACCAAGGCCAAGAGGCCCAGGGUGCAGCUGCUUUAACCCAUCAACAAGACCACCGUGGAGUUGCUCAGCUACAAGGUGCUGCCUCUGCUGCGUCUGGACUAGGAAGACCAUCACUGCUACAAGUCUCUGGUGCCGCUCAAAGUGCUGCUCUCACUCAACCUAUGAGUAGCUUGGCAGGUGUUGGAGGCAUGUUGCAAGGUGGCCACGCCGAUCUGAACAAGCGCGGACCUGUCGAGUUCAACCACGCCAUUAGCUAUGUCAACAAGAUAAAGAAUCGCUUCUCAGGCGCCCCAGAAAUCUACAAGCAGUUCUUGGAGAUCUUGCAAACAUACCAGCGGGAAUCGAAGCCUAUUCAGGAUGUCUAUGCCCAAGUUACUCAGCUAUUUAACACUGCUCCCGACCUUCUUGAGGACUUUAAACAGUUCUUGCCUGAGUCUGCGGCUCAUGCAAAGCAGCAGCAGCAGCAGCAACAGCAAGCUCGACUUGAUGAGGCUAUUCCAGUCAGCAAUAUGCGAGGCGAGCCCAUGGGUAUGACUUCUCAGACCCCGAACCGCGACAUGAAGAACAUGCCUCCACUAGGCAACUUUAAUGUCAAGGAUCCAUCCGCCAAGGAGAGCAAGAAGCGUCGAGGCGCAUCUGGAGUAGCCGGAUCUUCGAUUUCAGGACCUUCUGGUGUGGAUAGUUCCAGAAUUCCAGAAUCCUCUGUUCGUGCUCAGCCAGCUCAGUUCGGCCCUAAUAGCAAGAGACCUAAGCAUUUCCACGGAAAACCUUCGGGCGCCGACAUUCCCAAUGUUUCUCCUACCCUAAUUCCCGCUCUACCGGAGCCUAUCCCUCCUUCCAUGCUCACAACACCAAGCCAAGAGGAGAUUGCAUUCUUUGACCGUGUCAAGAAGUUCAUUGCCAAUAAGCAGAUUUUCAGUGACUUCCUGAAGCUUUGCAAUCUGUACACAAACGAUCUCAUUGAUCGUUUCGUUCUUGUCAAGCGUGCUGAGGGUUUCAUUGGAUCCAAUGCAGAACUGAUGAGCUGGUUCAAGCGUUUCAUGACUGUUGAUGAGCCUGAGGACAAGGCAAUCGACCCCAAGCCCAAGACUGAGGCUGGCAUCGUUAACCUCGCUCACUGUCGAUCCCUGGGACCUAGUUACCGUCUCUUGCCCAAGCGCGAGCGCCAAAAGGCAUGCAGUGGUCGUGAUGAGCUCUGCGUUUCCACUUUGAACGAUGGCUGGGCGUCACACCCUACCUGGGCGUCUGAAGACUCUGGGUUUGUUGCGCAUCGAAAGAACCAAUAUGAAGAUGCCCUUCACCGAAUUGAGGAAGACCGCCACGAAUAUGACCAUCACAUUGAGGCUUGUGUUCGCACCAUUCAACUCAUUGAACCAAUUUGUCAACAGUUUUUGCACAUGUCUGAUGCUGAACGUGUGAGCUUCAAGCUGCCACCUGGUCUUGGUGGCCAGAGUGAGGCCAUUUACCAGCGUGUCAUUAAAAAGGUCUAUGACCGUGUGCGCGGUGAGAAAGUCAUUCGUGACAUGUUUGAGCGUCCGUGCCAAGUCCUUCCGAUUGUUCUCUACCGCCUGAAGCAGAAGCUGGAAGAAUGGAAAGCUUGCCAGCGUGAAUGGGACAAGGUCUGGCGCGAACAGAUGCAGAGAGCAUACUGGCGCAGUCUUGAUCACCAGUCUAUCACCAGCCGCGCAACCGACAAGAAGAUUUUCGUGGCCAAGAACAUCGCUCAUGAAUUUACGGCCAAAUUUGAAGAGUCUCAAGUUCGACGGAAGAAUGGGCUGACCGCACCCACUCAUCAGGUUGAGGUAAAAUUGGAUGACCUGGAUGUCCUGUUAGAUACGACGCAUCUUCUAUGCCUGUACUUUGACCGCACCACAUCUGGGUUCGGCACGGACCCUUCGCGUCUGAUCAAUUUCGUCAAAGACUUCAUUCCCGUCUUCUUCGGUCUCGAUCGAGAGCUGUUCCACGACUACAUGGAUGAGCUUAUGGUUGGCUCUCCCUCUCCAGACGAAAUGGAUGACACUAUUACUGCCGAUGAAGCAUCAAACGCCAGUCGAAAGGUACCUAACGUGCAAAAGCUGGCUUUACUGCAUGAUGGCCUCGAGAGAGCUAUCCGCACUGGCAAAAAGAAUAAUGGUGUCACUCCUACCGUGAACACGCAAUCGACUCCAGAACUUGGUCGCGCUGCGUCGGCAGCCGCGUCCGAACCUGAGGAGUCCUUCGAUGUUGCUGAGCUGAAAUGGAUGGAGCACCCGGGUCAAGGCAAUUUCAACGUUGAGCACGAGUACACUCUGAAUGAGAAGUACAAAAAGACAGAGCAUCACAUGUACUGCAACCUUAACAUUCUCUGCUUCGUACGAACUUUCGAGAUUCUCUACUCUCGUCUUCUGCGCAUCAAGCAACAGGAGGCUGAAGCUCACGAGCAAGUCCGCCGUGGUCUGCUGCCGAAACCCGCUCACGAUCUCUGCCUGAUUGACCGAUUCCCGACCGACUUCUUCCAGGAUGUUUCUCCUCACGCCAACUUGUACAAGCAAAUUGUGCGCAUGUGCGAGGAAGUGAUCCGCGGUGAUAUUGACCAGAUUCAACUCGAAGAGACACUGCGACGAUUCUAUAUGCAAGGUGGAUACCUGCUUUACAAUCUUGACCGCAUUUUCAGCUCCAUUACGAAGUAUGUCGCUUCGGUUUUCACGGGAGAUUCUCGGGAUCGUACCUCCGACAUGGCCAACCUGUUCUUCAAGGAGCGCGAAAAGGACGAGACCACCCACCACCAAGAGAUUCAGUAUCGCAAGCAGAUUGAGCGAUUCAUCAAGGAGGGUGACAUGUACCGGGUCACAUUCUACCCUGCCGACCGUCGAGUCACCAUGCAAAUCAUAACCACCGAAGACUCUACUCUCGAGAACGAUGACCUUAGCGCUGAAGCUCGCUGGUCAUACUAUGUCACAACCUACUCAAUGCGGGAUCCUACCGAGGGCGUGCAGUACUCCACCAUGCGCGUUCCCUUCCUCAAGCGUAACUUGCCCGGCAAGCUUGAUGAGGAUGAAGAAUACGACCGCUUCUACCGUCGCCUUCAGCACCACGAUGGUCUCGUGAUCCGUAUCUGCGCCAAUAACUACACCAUCCUCUACCAGCCUUCCACCUACGACUGGUUCUGGCGCUCCACGGCUCCAGUACAUGAGAAAGACGCUGAUGCCGAAACCAUUAAGGCCUUACAGGAAGAGCAAACCAAAGAAAAGACUACUCUGAAGGAGAAGCGCCAUGAUCGUUUCGUUGAGAAGUUCGUGAACAACCCUAACUGGGCCCGUGGUCUCAGCAAGGACCAAGUCGACGAAUCUAACCAGCGUUUCCGCUCCUGGGUCAACGGUACACUGGAUAACGCCGACGCCACCGGUGAGACUGAGCCAUCCACUGAAUCUGCUCCUGCGGUCAAGGAAUCCUCAGAGCCCGUUGAGCAGCCUAUGACUGCGGUCGAAGAGGAGAAGAAGGUUGAGCCUGAGGCCGAACCUGAGAAGUCUGAACCAGCUGACUCCGAAAUGGUUGAUGCCGAGAUGGCGGACGCCGACCUUGACUGA